AUUGGCUCCUCCCAUACUCUACUGUAUAUUUACCUGGAGAAGCUGAGGCAGAAACACAAUAGCUGUGCACAGUACUCAGUUCUUCACAGUACUAUCUGGUUUUAUAUUCCGCAUCUGCAAAGAUGAGUAAGGGUAUGGAAGUAAGGAACAUGUCUUUUAAAGUUGGACAAACCAUGACUGUUACCGGUGUCUGCAAACCUGACGCCGGAACCUUUGCAGUUAACAUAGGGCUGGAUGCAGAGAACUUGGCUAUCCACCUCAACCCUCGUUUUAACUGGGAAGGAAAGAGAAAUGCCAUUGUCUGCAACUGUUACCGUGACGGCACUUGGAGUGAUGAGCAGAAUCAUGAGUGCUUCCCUUUCCAGCAGGGAAAAGAAUUCAAGAUCGUCAUUCAGUUCACACAGACGGGGUUCAUGAUGAAACUAUGCGACAGUUCUACAAUCAACUUCCCAAACCAUCUGGGUGCAAACAAGUACACCUUUUUCAGCUUUACGGAGGACGCUCACAUUAUUAGCAUUGAGGUCAAGUAAACCAUAAGUCAGUUAGAAAUGCUGACCUCAUACACAUAUUGCCAAAUGUUUUCUGCAACUGCUGCUGGCUUUCAAUGCUUAUAAUGGAAUCAUAAGUUAUACAUAAAUGUAUAACUUGUUGGAAGCAGAUAUAGAUAUCAUUCAAAUCUGGCUUCAGAAAAAUAAAAUUGUUUUCAACAAA